GACUCUGAAGAACUUUCCUUUUCGGUUCUGGUGGCGACGACAGCACACUCGUAAUAUCAACCCACGCAGCCAAGAGAUGUUGGUCCCCUUUGGUCGAGCGCCCCCCUCCCGACUGCCUGGCAGCAAGACUUAUAUGGAAUCGUGACCCGCCUCGUCGGCUGUUCUUGCAACGCUGACUCGCACAGCUGGCGGUGCAGGAUGACCUACGAAGAAAACCGAUAUUGGAAAAAUGUCUUGACCGUUGUGCCCAUCUGUGGCGCCGCCGUGGCCACCCUCUCCUACAUUCUCCGUCUCUAUUCUCGUCGCUUUACGAGUGCGGGCCUGAAGUUGGAGGACUGGCUGAUGGGCAUUGGGCUGAUCAUUUCCUACUGUGCCACGGCCUUUGUUGUUGAUUCGGCCUUCAAUGGCGUUGGAUUGUCACUCGGUACCUUGCCGGUGGAUGAGCGGCGACGGAUCCAGUUUGCCUCAUGGAUGAUCCAGAAAUUCUGGGCGCCUUCCGCCGCCUUCGUAAAGAUCUCCAUCGUGAUAUUUCUCAAGCGCAUUCUGGGCACCGUCCGCGCCUUCUCCAUCGUGUCGAACAUUCUGAUCGCAUUCAUCGUCUGCUGGGCUGUCACCGCCUUGCUGGGCAACACUUUCCAGUGCUGGCCGGUGCAGUAUUACUAUGAUAAGACGCUGGACGGACAUUGCAUGGGUGGGCAGCGGUCAUUUUUCCAGGCCAUGGGAGCCAUUGCCUUGGUAGAGGACGUCAUCAUCUUAUGUCUGCCGACUCCGAUCAUCUGGGGGUUACAAAUUACUUUUCGCCAGAAGGUGGCGGUGACGCUGGUGUUCUCACUUGGUGGACUGGUCUGUAUCUUCAGUUUGAUGCGUCUGAUCGAGUUCCGCGAAUUCAUCACCACUGAUCUUGCCUCGUCGAGUGCCAAGGAAUCAAUUUGGACUUGUUUGGAACUAGAUGUAUCUGUUAUCUGCGGAUGUCUGCCCCUGAUGAAACCCUUGAUCCAGGGUUUCUUGGGAAAGGUCAAGAGUGGAGUCUCCAAGGGCCGCUCGCACCCAUCGUCCGGCACCAAGCUCUACGCAUUCCCGUCCAGCGCUACGCACAACAAUGAGGGCUUUUUGCAGAUAGACGAUCACCUUGGAUCGCAAGCCUCCAAGGGGGCCGAGAUCAUGGCCAGUGAUAGUCGGAGGAGUUCGGAUGUUGAGAUGCAAGGCAUCGCGGUGCACACGCGGAUCCAGCAGGAUGUUGAACCCGUGCCCACCGAUUCCACGGAGGCCCUGUCCGGCGGCCCUUGGGCCCGGUGAGCGACCGAGCUAUCUAAUUCACCUCAUCGUGCGACGGCCUGCCCUUGAAUGGAACCAGAACGGUGUCGCUCACAGGCUCAUUUCCGUGAUUCCGAGCCCGCGCACCCUCUGGUUGGUGUCUCAGACGGACUUUCUACUCAGGACCGGCGUUCGGAACUAUCUACUACUUUAUUCGAGUCAAGUCACCGACUCAUUCAUUGCCUGUGGCCCUCCAGUCGCGACCCACUUUCCGGGCACCGCCGA